UCAUUGGGGUGGAGGAGAAGGCGGCGGCCGUCUGGUCCGCAGGGCCAACAGGAGCGACUAAUACGGCUAAAAUAUGAAGAGUAGAGAAAAUUAUUAAGAAGUAGGAGAAUGGACUGCUGAAUUAUGAAGUACUCCAGACCCAGGAGGAGAGCACCACUCUGACAUCCACUCCCUUCUCCCCGACUAGUUAUUUAAAUUGGACUUUUAAUAUCCUACCAGCUGCUCUUCAGACACACAUGGUGCAUUGUUGCCAUUCCCCAGAUUGCAUCUCUGAAACACAGGCUCUUAGUAACCUUCAGCAAACAAAGAGGCCGCCUCCCGGGGACGCCUGCUGGGAGGCUGUCACCCUGACUGCCCUCUAGCUUCUGCCGGCUCUGGAUUGGAAUUCCGCCAUGGAGCCUCGCAUGGAGGCCUGCCUGGCACAGGUGCUGCAGAAGGAUGUGGGGAAGCGACUGCAGGUUGGCCAAGAACUGAUAGACUAUUUCUCAGACAAACAGAAGUCUGCCGACCUUGAGCAUGACCAGACCACAUUAGACAAACUCGUGGACGGACUCGCUACCUUUUGGGUGAACUCCAGCAAUUACAAGGUGGUUCUCCUGGGCAUGGACAUCCUGUCCUCGCUGGUCACCCGGCUGCAGGAUCGGUUCAAGGCACAGAUCGGCACAGUGCUGCCGAGUUUAAUAGACAGACUGGGCGAUGCUAAAGACUCUGUGAGGGAGCAAGACCAGGCCCUGCUGCUGAAGAUCAUGGAUCAGGCUGCUAACCCCCAGUACGUGUGGGACCGGAUGCUGGGAGGCUUCAAGCACAAGAACUUCCGCACCCGGGAAGGCACGUGUCUCUGCCUGGUCGCUACACUCAACGCCUCUGGAGCACAUACCUUAACACUAAGCAAGAUCGUGCCACAUAUAUGUAACCUGCUUGGAGAUCCUAACAGCCAGGUUCGAGAUGCAGCAAUAAACAGCUUAGUGGAAAUUUACAGACAUGUAGGAGAACGUGUGAGGGCAGAUCUCAGUAAGAAAGGAUUGCCACAGUCCCGGUUGAAUGUAAUUUUUACAAAAUUUGAUGAAGUCCAAAAAUCUGGAAACAUGAUACAGUCUGCAAAUGAUAAAAAUUUUGAUGAUGAGGAUUCUGUGGAUGGUAAUAGGCCUUCUUCCGCCAGCUCUACGUCGUCCAAAGCCCCAGCAAGCUCCCGCCGAAACGUUGGAAUGGGGACUGCCCGCAGGCUCGGCUCAUCCACUCUUGGAUCCAAGUCUUCAGCUGCAAAAGAGGGAGCUGGUGCUGUCGAUGAGGAGGACUUUAUCAAAGCAUUUGAUGAUGUGCCUGUAGUCCAGAUCUACUCCAGCCGAGACCUUGAGGAGUCCGUAAACAAGAUUAGGGAGAUACUGUCUGACGACAAACACGACUGGGAGCAGAGAGUGAACGCCCUAAAAAAGAUUAGAUCUUUACUUUUGGCUGGUGCUGCUGAGUAUGAUAACUUCUUCCAACAUUUGCGUCUUUUGGACGGAGCCUUUAAACUAUCGGCUAAGGAUCUGCGGUCUCAGGUAGUGCGGGAGGCUUGUAUCACCUUGGGGCAUCUGUCAUCAGUGCUGGGGAACAAGUUUGACCAUGGAGCUGAAGCAAUUAUGCCAACGAUUUUUAAUUUAAUUCCGAACAGUGCCAAAAUUAUGGCCACCUCUGGUGUUGUAGCUGUUAGGUUAAUCAUUCGGCACACACACAUCCCUAGGCUAAUACCCAUCAUAACAAGCAACUGUACCUCCAAAUCUGUCGCCGUUAGAAGGCGCUGUUUUGAAUUUCUAGAUUUACUUUUACAAGAAUGGCAGACACAUUCACUGGAACGACACAUAUCAGUAUUAGCGGAAACAAUAAAGAAGGGAAUACACGACGCUGAUUCGGAAGCACGGAUAGAAGCCAGAAAGUGUUACUGGGGUUUCCACAGUCACUUCAGCAGGGAAGCGGAGCACCUGUACCACGCCCUGGAGCCCUCCUACCAGAGGGCUCUGCAAAGCCACCUGAAGAGCUCGGACAGCGUGGUGUCGCUGCCCCAGUCGGACCGCUCGUCCUCCAGCUCGCAGGAGAGUCUCAACCGGCCGCUCUCCGCCAAGAGAAGCCCUACUGGCAGUGCCACCUCCAGAGCUUCCACAGUCAGCAGCAAAUCCGUGUCCACCACGGGGUCCCUGCAGCGCUCUCGAAGCGACAUAGACGUGAACGCAGCCGCCAGCGCCAAAUCCAAGGUCCCCUCGGCUCCCGGUGCAGCGCCCUUCAGCUCCGCGGCAGCCUUGCCUCCGGGCUCGUACGCCUCCUUAGGUCGGAUCCGCACGCGACGGCAGAGCUCUGGGAGCGCCACCAAUGUCACCUCCACACCUUCUGACAGUCGGGGCCGCAGCCGCGCCAAAGUGGUCUCACAGUCCCAGCCUGGCAGCCGAUCAAGCUCCCCAGGGAAAUUGUUGGGAAGUGGUUAUAGUGGCCUUGCUGGGGGUUCCUCGAGAGGCCCACCUGCGACACCCUCUUCAGAAAAACGAAGCAAGAUUCCCAGGAGUCAGGGAUGUAGCCGAGAAACAAGUCCAAACCGCAUAGGAUUAGCCUCUCGACGUCAUUCCAGGUCCACUAGUGCUCUUGCCACGGCUGACUCUGUUGGGCAGUCAGACCGGUUUGGGCUCGGCCAGGCAGGAAGAAUACCUGGCUCUGUGAAUGCCAUGCGGGUCCUGAGCACCAGUGCAGAUCUGGAAGCCGCUGUUGCUGAUGCUUUGCUGUUAGGAGACUCCAGGAGCAAGAAGAAGCCCGCGAGGAGGAGGUACGAGCCGUACGGGAUGUAUUCUGACGACGACGCCAACAGCGACGCGUCCAGCGUGUGCUCCGAGCGCUCGUACAGCUCCCGGAACGGGGGCAUCCCCCACUACCUGCGCCAGACCGAGGAUGUGGCCGAGGUGCUCAACCACUGUGCCAGCUCCAACUGGUCCGAGCGGAAGGAGGGCCUCCUGGGCCUGCAGAACCUGCUGAAGAGCCAGAGGACGCUGAGUCGGGUGGAGUUGAAAAGAUUGUGUGAGAUUUUCACCCGAAUGUUUGCUGACCCUCACAGCAAGGUUUUCAGUAUGUUUUUGGAGACUCUUGUGGAUUUUAUAAUAAUUCAUAAGGAUGACUUGCAAGACUGGCUUUUUGUUCUUCUCACACAAUUACUUAAGAAAAUGGGAGCAGAUUUGCUUGGAUCUGUGCAAGCGAAAGUUCAGAAGGCUCUCGAUGUCACAAGGGACUCCUUUCCAUUUGAUCAGCAAUUUAACAUUUUGAUGAGAUUUAUUGUGGAUCAAACCCAAACUCCUAACCUCAAGGUCAAAGUUGCAAUCCUGAAGUACAUCGAGUCUCUCGCUAGGCAGAUGGACCCAGCAGAUUUCAUAAACUCCAGUGAGACAAGGCUUGCUGUUUCCAGAGUUAUAACCUGGACGACAGAGCCAAAGAGUUCAGACGUGAGAAAGGCAGCCCAGAUUGUGCUCAUCUCUCUGUUUGAAUUGAACACUCCUGAAUUUACCAUGUUACUUGGUGCCUUGCCCAAAACGUUCCAGGAUGGUGCCACCAAACUCCUGCAUAACCACCUCAAGAACUCCAGUAACACCAGUGUGGGCUCUCCGAGCAACACCAUUGGCCGGACUCCCUCUCGACAUCCCAGCAGCCGGACCAGCCCCCUGACGUCCCCCACCAACUGCUCCCAUGGGGGCCUGUCUCCAAGCAUGCUGGACUAUGAUACCGAGAACCUGAACUCUGAAGAAAUCUAUAGUUCUUUGCGUGGAGUGACAGAAGCCAUCGAAAAGUUUAGUUUUCGAAGCCAGGAGGAUCUGAAUGAGCCCCUUAAAAGAGACGGCAGGAAGGACUGUGAUGUGUCCCGCGACGGUGGCAUCACCUCCCCCGCCACCGAGGGCCGGGGUGGCAGCGACGCAGUGGAAGGAGGCCGGACGGCUCUGGACAACAAGACCUCCCUCCUCAACACCCAGCCCCCGCGUGCCUUCCCAGGGCCACGGGCGCGGGACUACAGCCCCUACCCCUACUCGGACACCAUCAGCACCUACGACAAGACGGCCCUGAAGGAGGCUGUGUUCGACGACGACAUGGAGCAGCUGCGAGACGUGCCCAUUGACCACUCGGACCUGGUGGCGGACCUCCUGAAAGAGCUGUCCAACCACAACGAGCGGGUGGAGGAGCGCAAGGGUGCCCUGCUGGAGCUGCUCAAGAUCGCGCGUGAGGACAGCCUGGGCGUCUGGGAGGAGCACUUCAAGACUGUCCUGCUACUACUGCUGGAGACGCUGGGGGACAAGGAUCACUCCAUCCGCGCGCUGGCACUCAGGGUGCUGCGGGAGACCUUGAGAAGCCAGCCAGCAAGGUUUAAACACUACGCGGAGCUGACGAUCAUGAAGACUCUGGAAGCCCACAAAGACUCCCACAAGGAGGUGGUGAGGGCUGCCGAGGAGGCCGCCUCCACGCUGGCCAGCUCCAUCCACCCGGAGCAGUGCAUCAAGGUGCUGUGCCCCAUCAUCCAGACGGCCGACUACCCCAUCAACCUGGCCGCCAUCAAGAUGCAGACCAAAGUCGUCGAGAGGAUCGCCAAGGAGUCCUUGCUGCAGCUCCUCGCGGACAUCAUCCCGGGCCUGCUGCAGGGUUACGACAACACCGAGAGCAGCGUGCGUAAGGCCAGCGUGUUUUGCUUAGUGGCGAUUUAUUCCGUCAUCGGAGAAGAGUUGAAACCUCACCUGGCACAGCUCACGGGCAGCAAGAUGAAGCUGCUCAACUUAUACAUAAAGAGGGCGCAGACCACGAACAGCAACAGCAGCUCCUCAUCCGAUGUCUCCACGCAUAGCUAAUGCGGCGCCAGAGUCCCCGUGUAGCCCUGGAAGCAAUCGGUGGUGCCUCUCAGAGAACUCCCCCUCCCCCCCAUCGGCUGCCCAGUCAGUACCAGGAGGCCCGCAAAUAUUUAUUACAAUCAGUAUUUUGAUCCCUUCCAGCUUUUGUGUAGAUUCAUACUGGUAUUGAAUGUAAAGGAAGCAAGGCCUGCAUUGCAUCUUCCUACAAAACAAAACAAAAGGAGUAAGAAAAGAAGAGCCAUACUUAAACCGUCUUGUCCAGCCUGCUGAGGUCUAAAACCGUGUGUGUGGGGUGCAGUUUUUAAAAAUCAGAGCUCUCUAGCUGAUACCUGGUAGAAAGUAGCAUUUUCUCUUCAGUCAAUAAGAUUGGAGGAGGUUGAGUUAAGUUGUGUUUCUCUUUCAUCUCAGCCUCCUUGAUUCUGGUUGUGGCCCGUGUGGGGCAAAGACCCACGCCUUCCACAACUGACACCAUGAAAGGGUUUGUACGUAUUAAGUUGUGUUUUAAGACCUACUAAGAAUAUGAAUCAAGUCUUGGCAAGAAGUGGUAGAAAAGCCUGAAGAUGGCCUUUUAACGAACACGUGGUCUCGUGCUCACGGUCUCCGGACUGGAGGCUGACGCCCUGCGCGGUCUCCUUCCAGGACGGGCUCCUGCCUCUCUGAGCAACCCCUCUGAUGCCGGCGCUGCCCCAGAGCUGCCACUUGAGAGGCUUCUUAGAGAUGAAAUUCAAACACAAAAAUCAAGGUAAAUCGACAGACUUGGUUAGCGUGUGCUUGAAAUGGCCCUUCGUGCAGCGUCGAAGGUACCGGAGAAGCUGCUCGUUUUACUGCCUAGAUCCUGGGAAACACUAUUUAACAGCGCUUGCCCCGUGACCCUGGCCCCUGGUGGUGCAGAUUUAGGGCCCCCUCUCUUCCCUUCCCCAACCCACGCCUGAGCGGCCCGAUUCUAAGAUGUUCUCAGUCUGGUAAAUGGCAGCUCUGCCAUCUCAGUUUUGAAUUCUCUGUUUAAUUUGGGAUUGAGAUCAAAGAAAAAUCUAGAGAGACCAGGUAUCAGGAUUUUUUUUUUUUUAAUUUUAUGGACUGAAGUACUUCCUUGAUCCUCUGUUGAGAGAAUCAUGAUUUUAAGGAAAAAGUAAUUGUGGUGUGUGGCGGAUUGCAGAAAAACGGGAUUGGAAACACAGUUUUAGAGUCAAAUUCUUCAGUGAGAAACCUACCCCUUUAAAAUUUCUUCUUGAGGGUUUCACUGCUUCAGUGAAAGCAACUCCAGAUCAGGACCCUGGUUAACAAAGUUUGGAGUAAAAGGCUUCAAGCCAAAUGGAAGCUCUUAAUGCGGUCAGGAAGGUGUCUGUCUUCUCUUAGAUUCCACCGUAGCCACUAUAAACGGAAAUGACUUUUCCAUUUUGUUAAUGAUGUAUUUGCUGCUCUGGCGCCCAGUCCCUGCAGCUGCCAGGCUGUGUGGCUGUCACCCCUGAGCUGCAGAGCCCCGAACGUAGCUUCUUUUCAUUCAGAAUCGACUUCAGAUACCUUAUGCGGAAAUGGGCACUGAAGACGGAGGUCCGCGAGCAGAGGCCGGGGCGCCUUCACUGCGUGCGUACUGCGUGCGUGCGCUUUGUGCGUGUGUGCGCGUAGCGGGUAUCCUGCGCGUGCGGGAGUGCCCGUGCUGCCGCAGUUGAGGGAACGUCAGGGGUGCGCUUUACGUGGUCGAACGUUACUGGCUUCUUACCGGCUCAGAACCUAGCAGGCGCAGGCCUUACGUCCAUUGCUGUUUGUUCUUACAUCACUCGCGGGGUCGCUUUCUUGACCUCUACCAUCGUCAGCGUCUGAUGACUCGUCUGGGGCAGCACCUGUGUUCUGCCGGGUUACUUCCGAGUCCUUCCUGGCGAGCGCGUGUGGAAAGGCCUCUCUCCUUCAGCUCGUGGACGCCCACGCGGCUGCGGUCCCGCCCGCGCUCGGGAAGUACUUUGAACGUGGCCGCCGCGUCCUCCUGGCGCUCACAAAGGGCUAGCCUUGAACGUCACUUGCCCAGCCGCGAUGUCCCAGCCCAACAGGGCCCGCCCGCUCCCGACCGACAGCUGCAGCUGCCCUGCCUCACCGCCUCCCUGCAGGCGUCCUGCUUGGAUGAAACGGCAGAACACAGGCGAGCAGAGCACCCGAGACCCAGCCCGCCUGCCCCGUUGGCCUGACCGUCCAGGGCCCCGAAAAGCCCCAACGCCACCGCCGGGGCGAGCUCGCUGGGUUCCUGCUUCCCUCCCGCUGCUGAGGCCCGGGGAGGGGCGCGGCCUUCCUGGGGCCGCUGCAGCCACGGGCCGCCCGCCAUGGCCCCACUAGCCUCAGUCACGCAGCCGCACCUGAUCUGUCUCCUGAAUCUUUUUCUUGCCCCACCGCCCUUAAUUUAUCAAGCAUAAUAUUACACGUUAAAGAACAGCAAAUAAGAACUUUGUAGACUCCCACCAGGACUUUGCUAACCAUGAUAUUUGGAGAUGAAAAAAAUGCUCUGAAAAAUAUCAGCCACCAAAAUAGUUUUGUCGGCACUGUACACACGCAUGGUCCCCACACCCCCAGGUUGGGUUUUUGGUUUUGGUUUUUGGUUUUUUGGGGCUUUUUCAUGUUACAUCCACAUCUGUAUUUAUAUCUUAUUUGUUUCACUUUCAAGUGUAUCAUGGCAAAAUGUACAGAUUUUUUGUUGUUAAUAAUGUGCUAGGAUUUGCUAAAAAAGAAAACAAAAAAAAUCCUUUUGAGUUUGCUCUAGAAUAAAUGAGACUUAAUUCAG